CAAACAUGGCGGAUUGUUCCUGACUCCUGCUGUGCGACACGGGCGAUUUUAAAUGACGUGGACUAGAAGCACGCUGCCUGGGUGUAGUGACUGUCAGCAGGAAUUCUCAACAGCAUUAUGUCGUCUAAUACAGCCAAUGAUUCCAAAACUGAAGGUAAUGAGCAGGAUGUACAGGAUGGAGGAACUGAAACGAUGUCAAAAAGACAGAAAAAGAAGCUUCUUAAGCAACAGCAAUGGGAAGAACAGCGAGACCUGCGAAAGCAGAAGCGCAAGGAGAAGAAACAGCAAAGGAAAUUAGAAAGACAGGCACAAGGUGAGGAUGGAGCAGAGUUUCCUGGCAGAAAGCGAGUGCGCAAAGAGGCAGAGCCCAGCCCUCUCCGGCUAGUCAUAGACUGCAGCUUUGACAGUCUCAUGAUGCUCAAGGAUGUAAAAAAACUCCACAAACAGAUCCAGAGGUGCUAUGCUGAGAACAGACGAGCCUCUCACCCAGUUCAGUUAUAUAUAACAAGCCAUGGUGGGCAGUUGAAACAAAAUAUGGAUGAACUUAACAAAGGCUGGGUCAACUGGAAGGAUGUCCAUAUCAAGUCAGAACACUUUCAUGAAGUCUUAAGUAAAGAGGAUCUAGUGUACCUAACCUCUGAUUCACCCAACGUACUGCAGGAGCUGGAUGAAAGCAAAGCCUAUGUAAUCGGAGGACUAGUGGACCACAACCACCAUAAGGGAAUCUCCUUUAAACGUGCCACAGAGCUUGAAAUUGCUCAUGCUCAACUCCCGCUGGGCAGUUUUGUGCAGAUGAACAGCCGCAAAGUUCUUGCCGUCAACCAUGUGUUUGAAAUCAUGCUGGCAUAUCUUGAGAAACAGGACUGGAAAGAGGCAUUUUUCACUGUUCUGCCCCAGCGUAAAGGAGCAGUACCUGUGGGCCAGAAGAACAAAGAUGAGCAGGAAGACCAAGAUGAUGAUGACUCGGAUAGAGAUUCAGACACAAACGAGCCACUCAUGCAAAAGACUGAAAAUACAAAGGACCAAGUUAAUGGUUCUCAAGAAGAACAUGAACCUAAACUAAAUAAAUCAGAUUUGUGUUAACAGACUGUUAUAUAAAAACAAAUUACCUCAUUUUCUUUUAAUUAUUAUUAUUACUACAUAAAAUUGUUUUAUUAUUAUUAC